AUGGCCCUUUAUCCACUUUCACGAGGCUUGCGAGCGGUAUUUGUAUGCAACAUUCUCUCCAGCACAUUGUGGUUUUGCUGCCUUGGCCGGUUUUUGCUUCUUCUACCGUUGGUGGGAAGACGGUUUCUUCCCGCUGCAAUUGCCGAUUUCUUCCAUAUUGUGGCCGUGUUGCCGCUAGUCACAUUUUUCGUGGUGAAUUUGAUGGGCCGUGAAAACCACAAGAGCAGCGAUUUCUGGGGCUUGUUCAACGCAGCUCGAAUGGUCUGGAUCUGCUACGGUGUCAUCUACCCACAUCCCAAAAUCGCCAAACACACAUCGUAUCUGACGUUGAUCUUGACUUGGUGCAUACUGAAUUUGAUCGACAGUACCUACUAUGCAUUUAAGGUGAAAACCCAUUCUUCGCCGAUGUGGCUCUUCAGAUUGCACCAUCUCCAUUUCUUCAUCACAGCACCGGUUGCAAUUGUGAGCGAGAUGAUUUUGAUAUUCUUGAGUGGAACCUACGAAAAACAUCAUGUCUACGAGUUGUUUUUGGAUGGCUGCUUGAUUGCGUACCUCCCCAUUGCAUUUUUCGCGUUCAAGCACCUCCUUGCCAGGAAAAAGGAUAAAUAUGAUGAUUACCUAGAGAAGAGACGAUUGGGCCGCAGCGGCGGAGUUGAACUUAGCGGAGCUCUGGGUUCUGUCCCGAACGAGCAGCCAGAGGCAGGGCAGCCAGAGACAUGA